CAGUCAGCAGAAGUCAAAUUAUUUCAAGAUGAGCUCCAAAUGGGUGCCAUCCUUAGGUACCACAACACCUAAACAAAGCCCUGGUACUGUCAAAACCUACUCCAGAAAAGUGCCAGUAGCCAGGGUUGAAGACAGUGAGGAGAGUACAGUGUUUCCACAACCAUGUAGGAGCAAUCCUUUCAGUGAUGAGGAAGAGCAGCUAAAACCACAAGACAAGAAGAAACAGCUUGUAACAGAGCUACAGUCUCACAACUGCCAUCCCAAAUGCUCCGAGGAAAGCUUACAAACACCAGCAAAGAACAGACACUGGGUGGAAGAGAGAUCCACUUCCCAGGACUCUGAUAGAAAAUCUGUCUGUGGACCACUGCCUCUCAUCAAAGGAAAGAAGAUCACACAAGUCUCUUGGAGAUUGGCAGCUCUUCUUGGUAAGAAGAAGAAGUGGCCAUCAUUUUUCCAGAAGACACGGACAGGAACCCCUGUUGCUACUGGGAAACAUAAGCAAUGGAUAAGGAAGCCCAGUGAAUCUGCUGGACAUAGGAAUGAAGAGGACCCAGAGAACAUGUCAUUGGGAGAUGACAGUGUUUUUGAGAGGGAGGAGAAACAGUGCCCUGAUAGUGACAGCUCUGAGGACCCUGAAACUUCAUCUGAAGAAAGUGACUACAGCAAAAGUGAAAGUGAGAGUGAGAGUCAGUCUGACACAGAGGUGCUGAGAGACACGGAUACAAUCACAGAUGGGUUGCAGCAGUUCAAGAUGAAGAGUCAGUGGUCUCCAGAAUUUCCAGGGCAACAGAAGUUGGAAGAUGUCACGAAAGGUGCACCUACUUCUGUUCAAGGUCAGAAGCUAUCAUUGUACCACAGAUCACUUCCUAAGGAGGUUUAUGUCAGCAACAAGUUUCACCUACUGGAGAAUCAACAGACAGACUCUGGGAAGUUAGGUCACCAACUACACAAUCAAAACAGGAAAAUCAGGCAUAAAUCAACUGCAGAAACAAGUAGGCCAUUCACCUCAUAUGAAGAUGCUGAAAUUGAGGAGGAAGAAGCUUCUUCCCAAUCCUUCUCUGACUCAGAGGGCUCAAGUCUCAGGUCCAUUCUCAAGACAAGCUCUAAGACAUCAAAGAAGGCAGACUACUCGACUAAGGAAGCACAUGAUGAUGGAGAGAGGAAGCAGGUGUCGUUCUCCCCAGAGGUUCAGGUAUCUCAGAUAGACAAGAACACCACUCAUCCCCGCCAACGGGCGUCACUCGUCAUCAAACCCUGCACAAUCCCUGCUGAUGUCGGACCAUCUCUCACGUGUCAAAAGAUGCUGCUGCAGAAAACCAAAAGGAAAGCUGGAGUAAGUAAGCCAACAGGAACAGCCCCUACGGAACAUACCAACCCACGGGAGGAUGGGGAAAUGGAAGGGAGGCAGAGUCAUAGUGAAGGCAGGGCAACACAAUCCUUCAACAGCAUUCUCUUAGUAGGUCAACAUCCUAGCAUGAACCAUGACCCAGGAAGCAGCAGUAACAGCGAUGAGGACAGUAGCAAUGAUGAGGAGAAAGACUCUGAAAUAAUGAGAGAGGCUGCCAGCACACAGGUUGAUAGUCAACCUGUGGCAACAGGUGUUCCAGUCAUAAAGAGACACACAGAUUACUUGCAGUUGAACUCGACCUUGGUAGACAACGCCUUGGCCUGCAGUAUCCUGAAGUUGGACCCUCCUGGAGUAUCACCCAUAGCAGAUGCUGCCCACACCACCAAGGCCGUUGUUCCUACUCUACUCGAUGAUGUCACGCCACUGUCUGUCCAGACCCAGCCCAGGACAGAUGGGAGCUCUCAGAAGCGCUCUGUUGAGAAAAGGAGAUUCUUGAAGCCAACAAAGUCUGGAGAAAAGAAUCAAAGGAAAACCACUCAGGAGCAGUUUGAGAGUACAGGUAAGUCUCUUGAUAUCAUAACUGUCCCCAUGUUGUACUUCAUAUGUGAAGUAAAGGAAGUCAAGAAGAGAAAGUCAGAUGCCAGUCUCCCCUCCCAGUCAGGGCUGAGGUCUAUUCUCAGUGGAUCAUCACAAGGCAGUGGCAGUAAGAGAGUUCGCUUUUCUGCAGAGCUCAGUGCCUCCACAAAUAGUGGGAGAAACUCGAUUGCCUCCUUGGUUGUCAAGUCUGUCAGAUUGAGCAGUAAGAAACAACUGUCCAUGUCCAAUUCAAGAAAAAAGGACCCAGCAACCCCUCACCCUUCUACAGGGAGGUUUAGACAACGGGUCAGCACAGCGAAGAGUGGCCGGAAUAUCAGAAAUGUAACCUUACAGGCUAGUAAGGAUCUGUCAUCGAUACACAUACCAACCUACGAUGAAAGUGACUUACUCAUCAACAACUCUCUUCCUGGAGUUACUGUCAACUCCCGAGAGAUUGCUCCAGACUCCCUGUCCUUUGAGCAACAGAAUAAAGUCAGUGAAGUCUCAAAGUCUCAAAGUGGAAGUGUCAAAAAAGGCAGGUACAAAACCAGGAAGCCUGCUACCAAAGCUCACAGUGCACGGAAAACCGCCACCCUUAGAGCAAAAGCUUCAGCCAAGGUAUUCACCUGAACCGUUAGAUGUCAU